UCAUUAUUACUAUAUUUAUUCUGUCUUUAACCCUUAUCCCUUAUGUUUAUAGUUUCUCAAAUUUUAUAUUGAUAUUUAAUUUGUAUCAUUUAAGUUUAUAGUAAAAUUUGAUUGAAAUUAUGUCUAUUAAAAUGUCGGAUAAUGAUUCACUAAAUGUUGGUAAUACUUAUAAAGUGGCAAACAAUGGUCAACUUAUUAAACUAGAAUCAAAUAUUCUUGGUGCACAAACUCUAAUUGUAACUGAUGAUGAUGGAUCUCUUGAGUCUGUUGAUGAACAACCUACUGCUGCCGUCAUAGAAAACGGAAAUGUAACUGGAAUUGUUAUGAGUAAAACAAACGACACAAACAUUACACAAUAUGAACUUAGACCAAACAAUAAUGCUACUCAAUUUUUUGUUGUUCAACCAAUUAAUGAUUUAUUUACUACUACAACAACUGUUAAAAGACCAAUUGUACCACUUAAUAGUGAAGUAUCCAGAAAACGAGUAGAUCGCACUGUUGUAACAAGAGAUGCUAAAAGACGAUUGACACAUAAUGAAGUAGAACGUCGAAGACGUGAUAAAAUAAAUCAAUGGAUAAUGUAUAUGAGCAAAAUUAUACCAGAUUGUGCUGAAGAAAACAAAACUAACUAUGAUAACCAGAGUAAAGGAGGAAUUUUAGCAAAAGCAUGCGAUUAUAUUAAUGAAUUAAAAUCAACUAAUCAAAGAUUGAUGGAUUGUGUAAAACAAAUGGAGGCUGUUAAUAGACAUAAUGAUGAACUAAGGAUGGAAAAUGAAGAACUAAGAGGAAUUUUAUCACAACAUGGAUUAUUAUCUGAAAGUUUUGUUUCUAGAGAUGGCGAUUCUUCAUGAGAAUUAUUAGAAGUUAUAAAUUACGUUAAACUGAUUUAAACUUCAUAUUUGUUACUAUAUUUAAAAUUCAUAAUACUGAAGAGACCAAUGUUUAACUAUCAUGUUUACAAUUUUAAAUGUUUUCAAUAAUAUAAAAAUAAAUAAGGGCUAUUUGGAAUAUUAAAUAUAUUAUU